AUGGCAGGACGAGACCGGCAGCGAGUCAAGGUGCACUUUGUCGGCGUGUGUAAGAAUUUGGUGUACGUGUGUGCGUGCAGGAUCGCGUUACAGCUGAAACUGGGGGCGCCUGCCGAAAAGUGCGGUCGUCGACCCGGUCAGGAGCACGGCCAUGUAGUGCGCUUAACAAGUUUUAGUCUUUUGUCUGACGGAAUGUAUGAACGAAUUCAGUGUGGGCACGUGUGGUUGGCUCGUGUGAGGGAAGCACCGAUUGAGGGUCCGAUUCCCGGCGGAAGGGUCCCGGAGGAACGAUCCAGGCGGGGUGUCGCGGCACUGUGCCGGUCAGUCACCGCUCCGCCGUUGCGUCGCGUUGUCGUGUCGUCGUGCUUCGAAGCGACACCUGCUCCAGUCCUGUGUUUAUGUACUGCCGAUACCACGUAA